ACUUGCGCGGCCCACACGAGUGCGGGAACAGCGGCAACAAAAAAACGAGAAGCCGGUUGAUCUGCUCCGGUUCUGAACCGCGAACCCGAACUUUUUAGCUGGAUAUCUUGUCGGUACCGACUCUGCUGUGAGUCCGGGGCGUGUGGAGGUCCGGGAUCGGGAGUCUGCGGCGGUUCUGUGUCGAAAUAAUCGUGUGAUCAUGUCUGAUAAAGAGGGCGGCGUGGAGCCACCGCGGGAAGAGGAGCGCGGGGGACCCAGCGAGCCGGGACCGGCGGAGGAUGGCACCUCUGACGCUGGCCAUGAUGAAGCAUCGGAAACAGCGCAGGAAAGUGGAGACCAGUCAUCCUCUCCUGCGGAUGAAAGUGCAAAUAUGGAGCAGCCAUCAGGCUAUGAAGAGAAAGUGAAAACAGACCGCACCAACAGAUUUGAGUACCUGCUGAAGCAGACUGAAGUGUUUGCCCACUUCAUCCAGCCUGCUGCCCAGAAAACUCCUACCUCUCCUCUGAAGAUGAAGCCUGGCCGCCCUCGUAUUAAAAAGGAUGAGAAACAGAAUCUCCUUUCUGCUGGAGAUAAUCGUCACCGGCGCACUGAGCAAGAGGAGGAUGAGGAGCUGCUCAGUGAAAACAGCAAAGCAUCCAAUGUGUGCACACGCUUUGAUGACUCGCCGUCCUAUGUGAAAACUGGCAAACUGAGAGACUAUCAGGUCCGUGGUCUGAACUGGCUGAUUUCUCUCUAUGAGAAUGGAAUCAACGGCAUCCUCGCUGAUGAAAUGGGUUUGGGAAAGACUCUUCAAACCAUUUCUCUGCUGGGCUACAUGAAGCACUACAGGAACAUCCCUGGGCCUCACAUGGUCUUGGUGCCCAAAUCCACCCUCUAUAACUGGAUGAAUGAAUUUAAGCGCUGGGUGCCUUCCCUCCGAGCGGUCUGCCUCAUUGGAGACAGGGAUGAGAGAACAGCGUUUAUCCGUGACACUUUGUUGCCGGGAGAGUGGGACGUGUGUGUCACUUCCUACGAGAUGCUCAUCAUCGAGAGGGCCGUCUUUAAGAAGUUUAACUGGAGAUACCUGGUUAUUGACGAGGCCCAUCGUAUUAAGAAUGAGAAAUCUAAGCUCUCAGAGAUUGUGCGAGAGUUUAAGACCACCAACCGGCUGCUGCUGACAGGAACCCCGCUGCAGAACAACCUGCACGAGCUGUGGGCCCUGCUGAACUUUCUUCUACCUGAUGUCUUUAACUCUUCUGAGGACUUCGAUUCCUGGUUUGACACCAAUAACUGUCUUGGAGACACGAAACUGGUUGAGCGUCUACACACUGUAUUGCGUCCGUUCCUGCUGAGGCGUAUCAAAGCUGACGUGGAGAAAUCUCUCCUUCCAAAGAAAGAGAUCAAGAUGUACAUUGGGCUCAGCAAGAUGCAGAGAGAAUGGUACACAAAGAUCCUGAUGAAGGACAUUGACAUCCUGAACUCUGCGGGGAAGAUGGAUAAGAUGCGUCUGCUGAACGUGCUGAUGCAGCUGAGGAAGUGCUGCAAUCACCCGUAUCUGUUCGAUGGUGCCGAGCCCGGUCCUCCGUACACCACCGACCUCCAUCUGGUCGUCAACAGCGGCAAGAUGGCCGUCCUGGACAAGCUGCUUCCCAAGCUGAACGAGCAAGGGUCUCGUGUGCUGAUCUUCAGCCAGAUGACCAGGGUGCUGGACAUUCUGGAAGACUACUGCAUGUGGCGUAACUAUGGCUACUGUCGGCUAGACGGGCAGACUCCACACGAGGAGAGACAGAUCUCAAUAAAUGCCUUCAAUGAGCCCAACAGCUCCAAGUUUAUCUUCAUGCUGAGCACCAGGGCCGGAGGCCUGGGUAUUAACCUGGCUACAGCCGACGUGGUCAUCAUUUAUGACUCCGACUGGAAUCCUCAAGUGGACCUGCAGGCCAUGGAUCGUGCUCACAGGAUUGGUCAGAAAAAGCAGGUGCGUGUCUUCCGUUUCAUCACAGAAAAUACAGUGGAGGAGAGAAUUGUGGAACGUGCCGAAAUGAAGCUUCGUUUAGACUCCAUAGUCAUCCAGCAAGGUAGAUUAGUCGACCCCAACAUGAACAAGCUAGGAAAAGACGAGAUGUUGUCCAUCAUUCGGCAUGGUGCCACUCAUGUCUUUGCCUCCAAGGAGAGUGAAAUCACUGAUGAAGACAUUGAUGCUAUCCUGGAGAGAGGAGAGAAGAAGACCAUGGAGAUGAAAGAGAAGCUGUCCAACCUUGGGGAGAGCUCUCUGAGGAAUUUCACCAUGGACACAGAGAACAGUGUGUACAACUUUGAAGGUGAAGAUUACAGAGAGAAGAAAAAGGUUAUCACAAACUGGAUUGAACCUCCCAAGAGAGAGCGCAAGGCAAACUACGCUGUUGAUGCUUAUUUCCGGGAGGCCCUGAGAGUCAGUGAGCCAAAGGCACCAAAGGCCCCUCGUCCCCCGAAACAGCCCAACGUUCAAGACUUUCAGUUCUUCCCUCCUCGACUUUUUGAGCUGCUAGAGAAAGAGAUUUUGUAUUACAGGAAAACUAUUGGCUACAAGGUGCCCAGGAACCCUGAACUGCCUAACUCGGCACAGGUGCAGAAGGAGGAGCAGGCUAAGAUUGAUGAGGCUGAGCCUCUGAAUGAGGAAGAGCUGGAGGAGAAGGAGAAUCUCCUCUCCCAGGGCUUCACUAUUUGGAACAAGCGAGACUUCAAUCAGUUCAUCAAGGCGAAUGAGAAAUGGGGCCGAGAUGAUAUUGAGAACAUUGCCCGUGAAGUGGAAGGCAAAACACCAGAGGAGGUCAUGGAGUAUUCUGCUGUGUUCUGGGAGCGCUGCAAUGAACUGCAGGACAUUGAGAAGAUCAUGGCACAGAUUGAGAGAGGGGAGGCCAGGAUUCAGAGGAGGAUCAGCAUUAAGAAAGCGCUGGACUCAAAGAUUGGCCGUUACAAAGCACCAUUCCACCAGCUGAGGAUUUCCUACGGGACCAACAAGGGAAAGAACUACACUGAAGAGGAGGAUCGCUUCCUUAUCUGCAUGUUGCACAAACUGGGCUUCGACAAGGAGAGCGUUUACGAUGAGCUGCGCCAGUGCAUCCGUAACUCACCCCAGUUCCGCUUCGACUGGUUCCUCAAGUCCCGCACUGCUAUGGAGCUACAGAGGAGGUGUAACACACUCAUCACCCUCAUUGAACGUGAGAACAUGGAGCUGGAGGAGAGGGAGAAGGCUGAGAAGAAGAAGCGGGGACCUCGCACUUCUUCAGCUCAGAAACGCAAGCAGGAUGGAACCCCAGACGGGCGUGGUCGUAAGAAGAAGCUGAAGUUAUAGUCGGACUUGAACAGCCUCUGAUGGACGAGCUUCAGUAGAGCGAUACAUGCGUUUGUGUUACGGGUCCCGCUCAUGUACUGUACCGGCUUUCGUCACAGUAGCUUGUCCUUUUUUAGAAAGGCAUAGUAUUGUAAAUUAGGUCUGUCUUUUAGUUACACCACGUACUACGGCUGUGCUGUUUUCUUUUUUUUUUUAAUCCCUUUUUUGUAUCUGUAAUUUGUGAGUUAAUAAGAAAUGUAUUUAUGCCUGUUGGAUAUGUACCACAUUCCAUUUGCUUGUUUCAAAAUAAAUUCCUUUUUUUGUUUCGGUUUUUUUUUUUUUUUUUUAAUUAAGAUUCCCCAGUAUUGUAUAAGUACCUACCAUGAAAUAGUCCUUUGGAACACACGUCUCUAAUAAAUGCCUUUUUGUUUUGUAAA